ACCAUCUCAAGGAACAUGGAAGAUGUGUAAUGGAGAUUUCUUUGUCUCCAUAGGGUCCUCAAACAAGGAGGAGAGUUCUCGAGAUGCUUCUGUAAUUCCUUAGGAAAGGUUCUGCAGACGACCCACAUUCUGGAGGCUGCAAAACGCAGCAGGCUGAGGCUGAAAACUGAUCUGUCCUGUUUGGCCAGGAAUUUGCAGUCGAUUGAAUGGACUUUAAUGAGCGACAGACUUUAGCCAUAAGGAGAGUCUCAGCAUCACACAGACCCUGGAACGUGUUCCAAACAUAACCACAAGUGUCUCCUCUCGUGCCCCCUGUCCUUGUCUUCAUAGGGAUGGAGUAAGGAGCCAGGGAAGGACGCCAGAGACCUGGAGCACAAAGACAGCUCUUGGCACACUUAUCCCAUAUAGCCUGGAGGAGAAGAACUUUCUUCAUCCUAUGGUCGGUCCAUGUUUGGCCGGUUGACAAAGCUAGACGCUUUCUGACGAAACAAAAGAUAUCUUCCCAUCUUCGAAAAGUCCUUCAGUGAAACAAGACAUUGACUGAUCUCGGGAAUUCCUUCAGGUUUUGAUAUUCGUUUGGCAUCGCUCUUGACAUCUGGAACCGUUUCUUUAAACUUGACGAGUCCUUGGCUCCUCUCGAAUGUCCUUGGAUAGUUUGCCAACAUUUAUUUAGAGGAGAUUUAGGAAGGAAGAGCGUUGUUCUUGGCAUCUGUCGGAGAUAAAAUGCUGGUCUUUGGGCUCAUCGUGGUUGGUGGCAUCAUGGUUGGAGCCCUUAAAGGAUGCCAGAUGCCUCAAGAUUGGAGACCACAGACUGAAGCCUGCAGAGCGGAGUUGGUGGAGACGGUGGUUUUUGCCAAGGUCUUGGCUCUUCAUCAGGAUAGCUAUAGUGUCUACAACUACCUGCCCUGGCAGUACAACUCGGACCUAUUCUAUUCGGCAGAGAUUGAACUCCUGUGUGACCAGGGCUGGGGGAGCAUGUUGGAGGUUCCUGCUGGAUCCCGACUUAAUGUCACCGGACUGGGCUACUUCAACUGUCACUCGUACACUGUGAUGGAGAACAACUCCUAUUAUUUAUUUCUAAGGAUGGAUGAAAAUUAUAAUCUGCUUCCACAUGGAGUCAAUUUUCAAGAUCCCAUCUUCCCCAACACACCAGAGAACAAUCGCAUAUUUGCAAGUAUAUUCCAAUUCUCCAAUUGUGUGACCGGAAUAGAUCCACAGAUUUACUCCCCGGACUGGGAGGCCCAAGAGGACAGCAGGCUCAUGUGUGAUUCAGUACAAAGAGCCUUACUGGAAGAGGAGGAACGGUCAAAAACUUUAUCCCAAAAAGUUCGGUUCUUAGAAAAGGCCAAUGCACAUCUUAGAGAGAAGGUGAAGAACCUAAAACGAGCCUUGCGUCAGGCAACAGAGGACAGUAAGAAAGACGUCCUAUCCAAACACCUCUUGGAGAAAGACAAAAGUCUUCAUAACGAUAACCCAAAACAGACCAACCACAAGAAGGUCAUAUCAAAAUCAACUAAGAAAGCAACAGGGAACACUAUGGAUUCAUAGUCAGGUCUAAUCCUAUGGAAACUUGUUUUGGAGGAACAUCGCACCAAGUGGCAGUGGCUUCUGGAGACUUAAUGGACACUGUGAAGUUUGGAUAAAUCUUGUGUUACGGUUCCUCUGCCGUAAAUUUAUAAAAUAUCAGUAUUAUAUGCAGUAAGUAUACAUCAAGUAUUUACCUUGAAAGUAGAUCACCAGUAGUGUGACAUCAUCUGUAUGGUCCACCUCAAUGUAAAAUGGUCCCAAUAGGCUCUCAAAAAUUGCAGAAGAAACUCAAUAAUGGUACAAAGUAUAGAAACAUGUCUUCCUGUUUGCUGGGUACAUGUAAAUGCAUAGAUAAAGGAGGGCACCUAUUACUGUGGCCUACAGCUGAUGGUUUAGUCGUUUCUCAAUAUGUCGUGUUUUAUUGUUGGAUCUCUGGACAUCUGAUGUAAAAUCCAGACCUCCUAAUGAGGUUCUACUGAACAGAACUUACAUCACCAUAGGUAUCUUUGGUAGUGUAAGGUUGGUACAGUAGAACAAGGCGGGAGGCCACAAUGUUGAUUUAAAAUGCAUCCAUAUUACAACCUUUUUAAACCAGUAUGUGUCUUGUAUAGUUGCCAUUGUAUAUGUCAUGUAUCAAAUAACUUUUCAAUAAUACACAAAUGUAACAAAAGAUAUCCCAAAACCUUAAUGUAUGCAUUGUAGAUAAAAACAAAUGUACAAUAAACUAAAAAUCUGUAUGGAAACGGGAACUGCA